GAUAAAUGAAACUUAAGAAAAGAAAAAACCUUCUUUUUUUUAUUAAUUUUGAAAUUUUCAGUCGCACAACGACGACUGAUUUUUUAUAUAUUUAAAAUGAGAAAAUGGCAUAAUCCCCCUUCAAAUCACAGAUUGCUCGUUCAACUAUUUUCAUCAUCUUCCCACCUUCUUCUUCUUAGAACACCAAAUCUGAAACCAUAAAUUGACACAACGAUGAAAUCUUGUAAAGGAUCAUCCAUUCUUGCUACCGAUUACUACCCAUUCCUCUACGCCCGACCCAUCUCCUCUCUACCCGCUUCUUUCCCCUCCACUACUCUCUCUUACCCGACCCGAAACCGAUUCUUAUCAACCCGAAUCCAAGCCCGGAUCAUUCACGACGACCCGGUAAAACAAUCGGAGGAUUUAAGUUUCUACGAUCUUCUCGGCGUCACCGAAUCGGUCACUCUCCCUGAAAUUAAACAAGCGUAUAAACAGCUUGCUCGGAAAUAUCAUCCCGACGUUUCUCCGCCGGAUCGUGUCGAAGAAUACACAGAUCGGUUCAUUAGAGUUCAAGAAGCUUACGAGACUCUCUCCGAUCCUCGCCGGAGAGUUCUCUAUGACCGAGAUUUGUCUAUGGGAUUUUCAUUUUCUUUCUCCGGUAGACGCCGGAAUCGAUUCGAUGAGGAAGUGGUUGAAGAGAAGAGUGAUUGGAAGAAAAAAUGGCAAACUCAGCUCUCAGGGCUUAAGAAAAGAAGCAAUCAAAAAGACAACUCAAUGUCUUGGGCUGCUAGAAUGCGCCGGCAACAACACAUGUCUGAAGAUUCUCCAUAACCCACCAAGAACCAAAUCUCGCCUUCUUAAUGUAUAGUUUUUUAAAUAAUUGUGUAAUAUAGAAAGCAUAGCAUAUAAACUCGCAACUUUGUAUAUAUAUAGUAUAUACUCUUUUGUGUGCCAAAGCCAAUCGGCAAGCACAUUAUAAGCCGUAAUCACUGAAUAAGUUUCAUUUGCUUGUGGGUUUUUUAUUAGUUAGUUUUGCAAUUGAAAUGACCUCGAAUUCGAUUUUUGGCAGCAUCAUUUGUAAUAAUGUCAUAGUGAGUGGUAGUAUGACAAAAACAAAUAAAA